UUCCACGUCUAAUAAGAAAUUUCUGUUCACCCUAAAGAUUGUUUCGUGCAAGAGAGGCAGACGAGAACGACGAGCACAGUACACUCCAACCAGUUUUAAUAUGUCAGAUGAUGAAAAUCAAUCCAUGGAGGAUGAUUUCCUGGAGGAUCAAUCUAACGACGAGCAUUCUAUUGGGAGUGAUAGAAAUGCACAUGAUGAGUCAGGUCCAAAAAAGGAAAUCAUAUUCAAUGAAUAUGGGCAGCCCGUAGGUCUUGGAUCAGAGAAGUUUUCAACUGUAGUUGGAAAAAUUGCAAAGGCACAUUGUCCACCUGCGAUCAAAUCAUGGAAGGAUGUCAGCUUCAGUAUCAAGAAUACCAUAUGGAACAAUAUUACUUAUGAGUAUUGUGUACCAGAAGUGUAUAGGAAAAAAGUGCUAAGAAAAGCAAACAUUGCUUGGAAAAAUUGGAAAUCAUCACUUCGUAAGAAGUAUGAUAAGUAUAAAACGGAUGUUGCUCGAAAAAAGAAUAGGCCAAGAGGUAUGAAAAAAGAAGACUGGGAAGAUUUUAUUGAGUUCUGCUCUAUGCCAGCAGACAAGGAUCGACGUGAAAAGGGCAGAAAAUCAAGGAAAUGCGCUAAGAGACUACAUUCAUCGGGUAGGACUGGGUGUGCAAGGAUAGCUCACAGAAUGAUUCCUUUCUCAUCUAUAUCUGCACACAUGGUUGUGAAUUCAUGGCCCAUGUCCGCUAACAUUUCUUGACGAGAUAUGGAAGAUGAACCCAAAAUCACCUUAAAUGUAUGUGCCUUUUCCAUUUUAUGGCGUUUAGCCAAGCUCACCCUUUUAUAUUGUUAUAUGUUUGUAGAAAGAGGAAAGUCCUACCGGGGACAUCAAUAGAACUGAAUUGUAUUUGGUCACACAUGUCAGAAAGGAUGGUUCUACCUCCAUGAGCACAAGUGAAGGAUUGGACCAAAUUAGAAGGCUUGUAGUCGAUGAUCCAUAUUUGGGACAGAAAGAUUUGGAUCAUGAUGCUGUUGCGAUGGUAUGUGGUCGUGAUGGAAACGGUUAUGUACGUGGUAUGGGUGGAGGUGUUACAAAGACUGAAAUACAUGCUUCAGGUCCUUCUAGAGAAAUUGCUCGCAAAGAAAAGGAAAAACAUGAAACGGUUAACAAUGAAAUAAUAAUACUUAGAGAAGAAGUAGCUACAUUAAAGCAACUGGUCCAAAGUAAUGCAGCAAAAUCUCAGCAAUCACAAGAGUUCCGUGAUACUUCUCAGGGAGGUGAAUCUAGUCUAACUACAAGGGGGUGUUUCAUAAAAAAUUUAAGGAAAAAGGUUAUUGCUUAUGGGCGUUUAAAUAUGGAAGCUCCACCAAAUGAAGAAGCUUAUAGUAUCAUUAUUGAUGAGAUCUUUGAUGACAGUGAGUACCUAUAUGACAGAGAUGAGAAGUUUGAAGACAUAUUGAUCGGUGAACUCAUCAAUUGGCCAAAAGCAAAUGUUCACUUCACUAGGAUCAAUUAAUGUUCAGUGCUACUUUUGUUCUUUGAUCUUUAGUUUGCUAGUUUUUACACGUUAGACUUAUUGAAUAUUAGUUAAAGGGUCAAUUUGGACCAUGUAUGUCAAUCGCACUUGAUGUUCGAAAGAUGGUAGAGAUUACUCAAUUCUAAUUGAGUUAUUUGUUGAUGAAUGAAAAUUAUUUACUUUAUUUUGUUCUCUUAA